UUUUCAGGUUUGGGAAAUGGGUCCAAUGUGCUAUUAACAGACAGGUCACAGCACAGGUCCUUGGAGAAAACUGCAUGGAGAUCCUACAAAGAAUCACAGUGUCACCACAUGCUAAAACAUCUUCACAAUGGAGCUCGAGUCACUGUGCAGAUGCCUCCAGUGAUUGAGGGACAGUGGGUCUCAACAGGAUGUGAAGUUCGAUCAGGACCAGAAUUCAUCACAAGAUCCUACAGAUUUUUUAAUAAUAAUAAUACGUUUAAAGCUUAUCAGUUUUAUUAUGGAGGAAACCAUUGUACAAAUCCCACUUAUACCUUGGUUAUUCGUGGAAAAAUCCGUCUCCGGCAAGCAUCUUGGAUCAUCCGUGGUGGGACAGAGGCUGAUUAUCAGUUGCACAGUGUACAAGUGAUACCCCAUAGUGAAAGCAUGGCCGAAAAACUCACUUGGAUGGUAAACACCACUUGUCCUGGUAUUAUACCCCCCGGAAUGCCCUGGAAAAUAGAUGGCACUUAUGAUUUGUGGAAGGAAGACAACAGCUGUAGAUGUUUGGAGGCUCUUAACUUUGCAAUGCAUGAACUUCAGCUCAUUCGUGUGGAAAAGCAGUAUUUACAUCACAACUUGGAUCAUUUAGUAGAAGAAUUGUUUCUAGGGGAUGUUCAUACUGACACCUCCCAGAGGAUGUAUUACAGGCCAUCCAGUUACCAACCGGCUUUACAAAAUGCCAAGAACCACGAUCAAUCAUGUAUCGCCUGCAGAAUCAUCUUCCGAUCUGAUGAACACCACCCUCCAAUCUUACCUCCCAAAGCUGACCUUACUAUUGGACUGAAUGGGGAAUGGGUGAGCCAACGCUGUGAGGUCCGACCAGAAGUACUCUUCCUCACCAGACACUUUAUCUUCCAUGAUAAGAAUAACACCUGGGAGGGAUAUUACUACCACUACUCAGAUCCUGUCUGCAAGCAUCCUUCAUUUACUAUCUAUGCCAAGGGGCGCUACAGCAGAGGGGUGACGUCAACUAAGGUCAUGGGGGGGACAGAAUUUGUCUUCAAAGUAAACCAUAUGAAGGUCACUCCAAUGGACUAUGCUACAGCUUCUCUACUCAACGUUUUCAAUGGUGACGAGUGUGGAGCAGAGGGUUCCUGGAAAGUAGGUGUGGAGCAAGAUGUUACUCACACAAAUGGUUGUGUGGCUUUGGGAAUAAGGCUUCCGCACACAGAAUAUGAGCUAUUUCGGAUGGAGCAAGAUGCGCGAGGAAGAUAUUUACUUUUCAAUGGCCAAAGACCAAGUGAUGGCUCUAGUCCAGAUAGACCUGAAAAGAGAGCAACAUCCUACCAAGUGCCACUAGUGCAGUGUGCCUCUUCACCACUCAGACUGGAAGAGGCAUAUAAUGGAGUCUACAAACUCGGAUCAGGAACGCACCUACUUGCAUCAUCCACAUUCAUUGGUUUUCCUUUACCAUAUUUGUGUUUAUUUGUACUACUUUAUUUUUGGACCAGCUGA